UCGGGUCGCUCCAGGGCGGGGAAACGGAACUGGGCCAUGGAAGACACUUCGGGGACUCGCGAGCCCCGGGCCCGGCCAAGAGAGCGGGACCCAGACCGGCGCCCCCAGCCGGACCGAGACCGCCACCCCGAGCGACCGCGGGACAGAGCUGGGGACCCCCGCAGGGAGAGAAACGGGGGCGGACGGAGGGAUGGCGACCGGGACAAGGGCAGGGACCGACAUCCCCGCCAGGACAGACCCCGGCUCGGGGACCAGCGCGCUGGGGAACAAAGAGUUAGAGAAAAGUCCCGCCAAGGCCGGACGCCGGACUGUCCCCGGCGGACCACCUGGGAGGCAGCCCCGCCCCCCUGGCCCGCGCCCUGGGAAACCCCGCAGCCGCCGCCCCAGAGGAAGGAGGGCUUCGGGCGCCGCGGCCCGGAAAGUGAAUCGACCUCAGGGAGAUACCUGCCCCCGAGCCCCAGGCCUGGACCAGAGGAAGUGGAAUAUUCCCAGUCAGAGGCUGCGGGACUCCUGGAAUGCCACAAAUGCAGAUACUUGUGCACGGGGAGAGGUGUGGUACAGAUAGUGGAGGUGAUGUUGAAUGGGAUGGUUCUCAUGUGUAUCGUGGCCUCCUACUUUGUCCUUGCUGGAUUCAGUGCCAGCUUUCCCACCGCCGGCGGCUUUGGGAACAACUAUUACUCACCAUUUGAGGGCACCGAGCUGGAGCAGGUUCGACAGCUGGACCAGCAGUACACGGUCCUCCGGGCACCUCUGAUAUAUGGCGGUGUGGCUGUUUCUCUGGGGCUGGGUGUCCUCACCAUGGGUGUUCUACUCCGAGGAGCCAAGAAUCUAACCAAACUGCCAGGGAAGUGGCUCCUUCUGGAGGCUGCCUUCAGUCUCCUAGCAGCAGUGGGCUACUGCAUAGGCAUUGGCAUUUACCUCCACGUUGCCUUGCGGAUCAAUUCCACAGACACUUGCAAAACAAGAGAGAGGCUCUAUGCCCGCAAGGGUCUCACCUGGAUGAACUGCCAGCUGGCAGGCACUGAUGGAGCAGCAGCCACCUUUGCUUGUCUUCUGGUGAUUAUGUAUGGUGUUAGCGUGGUGCUGGCCCUACGGAGCUACCGAGAACAGAAGCGCUACAAAGAUAACCGAGAACAGCACAGAAAUUACAGUGAUGCACCAGAAUAUCUGUGGUCUGGAACACUCUGAGAUCAUCUCGGAACCUAAAUGUCAACCCACCUCCCUUGUUUCUCUCAAAAAGAUGGGUCCUUUAAAAUCACACACGAGCCAACUGUGGUUUUCACCUGCUUGACCUUAUAAAUGCUCCCUUUGGUACAAAUGCAAAGCUAGAUGAUCGUUUCAUUUGUCUGUGAAUAAGUCUUUAUUGGCUGUGAGCUUGAAAAAAUAUCUCCAACUUUGCUACAAAGAGCAACAUCAGAAGUUUGGGUACACCCUUAUGAUGGCUCUCCUACCAAAUGGCAAGGUAAUAAUGUUAAUAAACAAGUAGCCAGAGAAAUUCUGAGAGAUGAGAACUACACAUCAGGGGUAGCAGGCCCAGUAUGAUAGUAGAAAUAUCUUACCUGUCUUAACUAGUUAAACUCACCAAAAGAAACUUGCCAUUUCCCCUCAUAUUUGGUCCCAGGGGAAUGAUUUUAAAGCAGUUGUGUGGCUGAAUUCUAAAUGAGUAAUUACAUCUGACCGUCUCCUAGAGGGAAGCUGUUCUGCCCAUGCGGCAGUGUACUGUGACCACCUGGGUCCGCAGGAGCCUUCUCCCAUUAGAGAUGGGAGGCUGGAUGUCUGAGAGGGGAAGAGAGAUGCUUUUAGCAUGCACAUCCAUUCUCAGGAUUCCUGCAGUAGGGCUGAGAGAAAAUGGUUUUUGCCAGCAUUCCAAGUUAGUUUCUUUCUUGUUGCGCGUCAUUCAAUUGGAAUUCACUUAAUUUUCUUAAAUAUGAGGCUUCCAAAUAGUGAGAAAUAAAAUUCAUAAACUUCUUAAACAUGCUCUUCAACUGAUUUCAAAGACAAAGCAGUUCAUUUUACUAGACUCUAAAGGCUUACAGAGGCGUCUUCCUCUCUGCAUUCCCUGACAGCGCCCAGUGAGGAGGCUUCCAAAGGAAGACUGUCAUCUCUCAGGACCCUGAAUUGUCUUCAUAACAUAACAGCUCAUUAACACGGAGUCUUAAAAACAAAAUUCUUUCAAUAAUUUUAACCUAAAGUUUUACAGCUAUUCCUAUACUUUACAACUAGUCACAGAUUUUCAGUUCGUGUCAAAUGAAACUAGAAAUAUACACGUUCUUAUUAUAUAGGUUUUUUUCUAAUUGUCCUCUUGCUUUUCAAUAGCUUUUUUCAUAAUAUCAUUGUUUUAUCUUCAUAUUAUAAAUGAGAUUAAACUAA